AUGGAAUUGACACUGCUGCUGAAGGUCGUGCUGAUUAUGAUACCACUGCCAGCAAAUGGGGCAGAUUGUGCAGCUGGAGAUUAUGCUGGUGAUAACACCCCAAAAACCAGAAGCUCAUCAGACUUUAGUACAAAUGGCAUGAGCCUGCUAACCGAAGACACAGUUCCUUGUACUUGCGGAGUUGUCUAUGAAUGGUUAUAUUAUGCCAAAAGUGUGAACACUGUUUAUUUUCAAAUUUGGAGGGGAACUGGCACAGCAGGCGAAUAUGAGCUAGUUGGUCAACACCAGCACACGCCAACUGCUACUGGUAGUAAUACUGCCACGUUUACCUCGACAGAUCGAAUCUCUGUUAAUGAAAAUGACAUUAUUGGCUGGUAUUCUCCUGGUGCAUCGGUAGUAAGUUAUAAAUCAAACGGAGGCGGUCCGGACUACCGGACGUCUACUUCGGUCGGAGCAUUGACAGUGGGAAACACGCACGACUGGUCCGGAGAUGCUCUGCAGACGGGAAAACGAUUCGGAUUCCAAGCUAAAUUACAACCAGGCUCUACCCCUACAAUAACAAAUUUGGUAGCCUCGACCUCGAUCAGCGACAUUUCGGCAGCUGGCUUCCUCGUAUAUACCCUUACAGUAUAUGAUGAUGACGGCGACACGAUUACAACUUCAAUGACGUCAUCUUCUACAGAAUUUAGUUUUGAUACAAAUACACUUGAAGUCACGACGCUCAUUAAUACAAUUGCUGCAGGGACGUACACUUUGACGUUCCAGGUUCAGGAUCCUUGUGGGAAAACAAGCACUGGAACUCUAACAAUAACAGUGGAGAAUUCGCCCCUGUACAUUACCAACUUGCCGAGUUAUGCCGUGGUCAGUCAGGAUUUAACCGCCGUGACACUCCUCCACAGCUUGACAAUAUCAGACGUCUCGCCAACUGAUAGCAUCGCCAGUUGUACCUUAACUUCUGCCCCUAAAUUCACUAUAUCUAUUGUGUCUGGAACAACAUAUGGAAUAUACUCCAUUUCAAAUCCUGGAUUUGACUAUACAACAACAAAGAAAUACCAGUUUGAUACCACCUGCACCGAUUCCUAUGGAUCGUCAGAUAGCGGGACCUUCUACGUGUAUAUUACAUCCAACACCCCACCUACAUUCUCCAAUCUACCAGCAACAACAACGAUACCUAGUAGCACACUAGGCGGUACCAGUGUGUAUACUGUGACGGCAUCUGACGUGGAUAUUUCGGAUGCUAUUUCAUUUAGCAGCAUUACGUGUUCUUCUGGAGGAACAUGUCCAUUUACAAUUACGGCAGCAGGUGAAAUCCAGACAAACGCUGAUUUGACGUCACUUACCAUUCCUGGAUAUGACUUAUAUGUCACAAUAAGCGACGGCACAAAUACAGUAGGACCAAGAACACUAACCGUCAAGAUAUCGGGUAUAAAUUCGCCACCUGUCAUUCAGAGCACACCUCUUACGUUUUCACUAUCGUUAAUGGAGAACAGUGCACGAGGUGCCUCCGUUUAUCAGAUAAAUGCUGCAGAUCCAGACCUUGAUACACUUACUUACAGUGCUGUAAUAACACCUGCUGGUGAAGGUGCAACCGUCUUCUCAUUUGAUACAUCUAGUGGAUUACUGUCUACGUCGUCCUCUACAACUGUAGAUUACGAGAGCUUGACCAGCACAAGUUUUACAGUGGAUGUAACUGUAACGGACAAUACACUGACAGACACUUACUCAACUUUCACUGUCAAUGUGGUGAAUAUAAAUGAACCCCCAGUGUUCGGGAGCACGACGUACUAUGUCAGCGGAAACGAGGGAAACGAUGGAGAAAGCUUCGGCAAUCCAGGAUUUGUGGUGACUGACCCUGACACUAGCGCUACACAAUCCUACUCUGUGGAUUGCACCGCUAUAGCUAUGGAUUCCAGCACUGGUGCGGUUACAUUGAGUGGUAGUUAUGACCUUGAUAUUUCUGGUACAGCUUCAGUUUUGACAUGCAUCGCCACAGUAUCGGAUGGCGAACUGACUGAUACGGCACAGCUUAUUGUUACGAUCAAUGACGUCAACGACCAUUCACCAGCUUUCGGCCAGUCAUACUACACUAUAUACACGACCAUUUACGGAACUAUCGGUGAAACAAUUGGGAGCAUAGCUGCCACUGACGGGGAUUUGGGAAUCUUUGGAGCGCUCAGCUACACACUUGACCAAGCAUCCCUUAAUGAUACCUACUUUGGAGUAAGUGGCACUGGUAAUGUAUACCUCAACAAACUCCUUACGUCCUUUGGAGACGGGACAUACUUUGCUUUUACUGCAACUGUGACGGACUAUGGCGGACUAACAGACACAGCAAAUGUCGUUGUCGUUGUGUACAUGACUACCACUGCUCCGACAACCACUACCACGGAGCAGUACAUAACAUUCUUCGAAUACCCGCCAAAUAUUGUUUGGUUUACCGUAUUCUGGCUGACAGCAGUCUUUACGACUGCCGUGUUCGGAUACCUGAUUUACAAGCACGAGUUUCUGCGACAGCUCACUUGUGAAGAUUUUAAGUCUGUGUUUCGAGAAAAGAAAAAAAGAAGCAUUAAAAGGAAACAUCGGAAGACGAAAAGGAAGCAGUUAGCAUCUGGACAUAGAGAGAGAGGAGGUGUGACGUUCGCCUCGCCCAGCAUGGCAACACAUAUCAACACUAAACUAUAA